AUGAGGCUCCUACACACCACAGCCGCAGCCGCGGCAUCUACGGCCCUCCUCCUCGCCCACCAAACAACAGCAGCCGGCUUCAGCGCGACAAACACCCUCUCCGUCUACUGGGGACAGAACUCCUACGGCCAGAACUCCGGCGCCCUCGCCCAACAAGGCCUGGCAUCAUACUGCCAGAACGCCGCCAUCGACGUAAUCAACAUGGCCUUUGUCGUCAAGAUCAACUCGGGCAAAGGCGGGCAACCCGAGAUCAACCUCGCCAAUUCUGGCGUCAACUGCACCAUCUUCAAUAACACAAACCUCUGGGACUGCGGCCCCAUUGGCGCGGACAUCAAGACCUGUCAGAAGACUUACAACAAGACCAUCCUCAUGUCGAUCGGGGGAGCGGCCUACACCGAAGCGGGUUUCAGCAGCGCGAACAACGCCACCGCAGCGGCGAAUCUGAUGUGGAACAUGUUCGGCCCCGUGAACAGCAGCAGCCCCGCCCUGCGCCCGUUCCACGACGCCGUCGUCGACGGCUUCGACCUCGACCCGGAGCAGAAGAGCAACUACUUCCGCGCCUUCGGCCUGCAACUCCGCGCCCUCAUGAACGCGAACACGUCCAAGCCCUGGUACCUCACCACCGCGCCGCAGUGCCCCUACCCGGACCCCAACAUCGACCCCAUGCUCAACGACCCCCGCGGCGGCGUCCCCUUUGACGCCGUCUACAUCCAAUUCUACAACAACCCCUCCUGCGACCUUUCAUCCUUCAACGCCUCCCUCCCCACCACUUCCUCGCAGCCCAAUUGCAACCUCGCCACCUGGAACGCCUGGGCGCAGAAGAACAGCGCGAACAAAAACGUCAAACUCUUCGUCGGCGCGCCCGCGGCUCCCGGCGCCGCGAAUACUGGCUAUCUGACCGCCGCGCAGCUGCAGAAGGUCAUCGCGUAUGGGAAGGGGUUUAGUAAUUUCGGGGGCGUCAUGGUUUGGGAUGCGAGUCAGGCGUAUGCGAAUCAGCCGUGGUUGGGGAAUGUCAAGACGGAUUUGAAUGGUGCUGCUGCGAAGAAGCAGAAGAGGAGGAGGAGGAGGGGGGAAGGUGCUUUUUGGAGGAGGAGGGGGGAGGAAGUGGAGGAAGUGGAGGAGGAGGAAUGGAUGGAUGGGUUGGAUGGAUGGAUGGGUUGGAUGGAUGGAUGGAUAGGGAGAGGGUCUGAGCAGGAGAGAGAGAGAAGAAUGAAAACCCGAGGCGCCAAGGAGAAAUGCAACGGCGGAGGGCAGACGGCGGUGGUCAGAGAGCCGACCCAAGAACUCCCCCUGGUCACAACACUCUAG